AUGUCGUCGAGCAUCGCCGCCAACACGGCCAACGGCCGUUCCGCCGAGCCCCUCUCGCAGGCCAUCCUCCAGAGCGGAUCCAAGGACGAAUACGCCUACGUCAACGAUGUGCGCGUCGCUGGGUUUGAGCCGCUGAUCUCGCCCUCGCUGCUGCUCCACGAGAUCCCCGUGCCCAAGGAGUCGCAAGCCACGAUUGCCCGCGCGCGUGGCCUGUCGAGCGCCAUCAUCAACGGACAGGAUGACCGACUGCUCGUCGUCGUCGGCCCCUGCUCGAUCCACGACCCGGAGCAGGCCAAGGAGUACGCCAAGCUGCUCAAGGCCGGCAUCGAGGAGCGCUGGUCCGAGGGCCUCGUGGUCGUCAUGCGCGCCUACUUUGAGAAGCCGCGCACCACGGUCGGCUGGAAGGGUCUCAUCAACGACCCGGACAUCAACGGCAGCUUCCAGAUCAACCGCGGCCUCAAGGUUGCGCGCAACCUGCUCGUCGACCUCACCGCCCAGGGCGUGCCCGUGGCGUGCGAGGUGCUCGACACCAUCUCGCCCCAGUACACUUCGGAUCUGUACUCGUGGGGAGCGAUCGGUGCGCGCACCACCGAGUCGCAGCUCCACCGUGAGCUCGUCUCGGGUCUCUCGAUGCCCAUCGGAUUCAAGAACGGCACCGACGGUGGCCUCGGUGUGGCCGUCGACGCCAUCCGCGCCUCUUCGCAACCGCACGCCUUUAUGGGUGUGACAGAACAGGGUCUGGCUGCCAUCGUGCGCACCGUCGGCAACGCCGACCUUCACAUUGUCCACCGCGGCGGCUCCAAGGGCACCAACUACGACGCCGCGUCGGUGCAGUCGUCCAAGGAGCAGCUCAAGAAGGCGCUUCCGGACCGCCACCCGUCGAUCAUGAUCGACUGCUCGCACGGCAACUCGAACAAGGACUUCCGCAACCAGCCCAAGGUGGUGGACGCCAUCGCGGAGCAGCUCGAGCAGGGCGAGGAUGCAAUCACGGGCGUCAUGAUCGAGUCGCACCUCAACGAGGGCAAGCAGGGCGAGCCCAAGAACGGCCAGAUCGACCAGCUCAAGUACGGCGUCUCGAUCACCGACGGCUGCGUCGGCUGGGAGACCACCGUGCAGAUGCUCGACAAGCUCAACGCCGCCGUGCUCAAGAGGCGCGCCAACAAGAGCGCCUGA